AUGGAUAAAACUGUGCAUCCAUAUUUUGUUCGGCGUAUGUACAGGAUUCUCCAGGAGUGGGGAGUGGCAGUAGAAUACAAGGAAAUACCAGGCAAAGAACACUGGUGGUGGGAUACACGGGAGACAAAUGAUGGUGGGGCUGUCAAUGACAAACAGCUCAGGGAUUUCACAUCAAAGUAUGCAUCAAUACCAAUACCUGAAGAGGGAAGCACAUGUACUGCUGAUAGCUGCAGUACAGUGGGAUCUGGAAAUAAAUACACAGCAACAGCAUCUGGACCAGAUUCUUUUACAUACACUGUUCUCAACCCUGCUUUUGGGGGCUCAAUGAGAGGAAUACAGAUUCUGCUUCAAGUCACACCUUUCAGGACAAGUAAAAUCCAGGUAGAUAUAAUUAAAGAUUCUUCCAUAAUGAUGAAGACAAGCAAUGUGAAAGCAUUUUCUAUUAGAAGAUCAGAAAACAGACCUAUUCAGUGGCAUAUUUAUCAGGAGAUUUUGAUAGAUAAUACUGCAGUGAACUUGGCUGGACAGGAAUGUUUGGAACAGAUAUUUGUACUUGAAGAAGAACAAGCUGUAUGGGGACAGCCUUCUUGCUCUACAGACAUUUUGGGGUCAAAAGUAAGGCUGCCAGAUACCCAGGGUCCAGCCAGGAGAGUGGCAGAGAAACCUUUCCUUAUUGUUACAGGAAGCCAAGCAGGCAAUGAGGUUACACAACAGUUAAGACAGCUGUCAGUAUACCUGGCAAAUCUGUUCUUCUUGACCUCAGAUACUAUGGCCCCUGUGAUUAAGGAUGAAGAUUUAAAAGAAGAACAAGCAGAAAAGCAUAAUUUAAUCAUCAUUGGAAAUCCAGAUGAAAAUAAAUUUACCAAAGAGGCAAUCAGUCAUGUUCCAAUUAGAUUAAUAGAAGAUGGUCUAAAGCUUGGGAGAUGUUCUUUCCCUGUAAACCAGACGGGUGCUGUCUUUCUGUCCCCUCAUGCAGGCAAUCACUUAGCCUUGGUUAUAAUGGGUACCUCAUCUCAAGGUUUACUGGAUGCAAUUAGUUUGGCCACACCAACUAUACCACCUAUGGCAAGAUCACCCUUCUCAAAUUUGGUCCCAGAUUUUGUGUUAACUGGGAAGGAUUAUCAAGCCAAAGGACCAGGUGGUUACCUAUGCACAGGAUUCUGGGGAAACCAGUGGGAGUUCAGGCCAGAGUUAGUGUCUUGCACUUGUUAACUGAUGAUGACAAGGCUGUAGCUUUGGAAAUUUCUCAUUUUAUCCAGGUUCUGCGUGUAAUUUAACUGGUGUUGACACCAAGACCAAUGCUAUGUAAUAGAACCAUUACAAGUCAGUGGGGUGCAUGUGAUAUAAAGGUGCGGGUCUUACCAUGACACGUUCAUGACUUACACCAUUGGAAAUUUACACGUGGCACCCACAUCUGCAAGAUACACCUUGUCAUGUUUUGGACAUCUGCCAUAGUAUAAAAGUACCAGUAUCUGGAUAUCUGGAUCAAAACAUUUAUUGGACUACAACAACAAUACCGGUACAACAAAGGUCAGGUCAACUACGUACAUGCAUCUAUGCAAACAGUUUUCGUGGUUGGUAAUCAUAUGUAGCUUUAAUCUUGCUAGAGGCAGUUAAGCAUCAGUGUUGGAACAUAAGUUGCACCUUUAUGUUGCUCUUGAUGGUUAUGUUAAUAUGGUUCCUGAAGUACCUGAUGCACCUUCUACUGACAAAACAAUGUACAGUUUGCAAAAUUCAAGAUAUUUUCAAGAGAUACUUUCAAUCUGCAUUGCCCCCACCCCACCCCCCAGAGUUUUAAAAUAAAGUAUUUUUUGUCAAAGAAUACGAAUAAAAGAAAAAAUGUGAUGUACUUGACAAUUUUCAGCUAAUAAGCAUUUAUCAUCCACUAUUCUACCGUGUCUCGUUGGAAAAGAAUCAUAUAAAAUGCUAAACACUUUAUAUGUUUAUUUAACUAUCAACUUCACCUGCAUAAAUAUGCAAACAAUCAGAUACAAUGGUUCUCAUUUAAAACUUUAACUUGAUAAAACUUAAAAUAAGCACUCUUUUUUUUUCAUAAAAUACAUAUUCUAAUUAUGUUAACUCAAUAGUGAUACAUAAUUUGUGCAAAUAGUAUAUAUAUAUACUGUUUAUAUAUAUUGUUGACAUGAACUGAUAUCAAAUAUCAUAAUAAAAUAUAGACUUGAGAGUUAUCUCCAUACUGAUCAGUAAUACUAUUUGUUACCAAUUGUAAAAAAAAUAUUUUUUCCACUACAUGUAUAUAUCAUUUUUUUUUAAUCUUUGCUGGAUCUAGUCAAUUAAAUAGCUAAAUAUAAAAAUUAAAUAAAAAUCACCUUCACCUACUUAUAUUAACAAACACCCAUAUAUUAACAAAUAUUAACAGAGUAAUCAGAAAAUGCUUCUGGUUCUUCGGUACUAUAUUCAAACAAGUGUAAUACAAUAAAAUGUUGUGCUUGUUAUUUCUGAUGAAGGUGUUUGGGAAAAUCUGUAAAGCAAGUUGGGUUCAUGCUAAAGAGUGCCUUUAUGAGGACUUAAAAUGUAUAAACCUGAGACAAACCCAGUGACUAGACAGUAGAUGUGACAGAGAUCAAACUAAUGCUGAACUGGCAAUCAUCUGCCAAUGACAUCAUAUAAAUAGCCCUGAUAUGGUAUGAGUAUAGAAGUGAUGCAUAGUCAAUGUAAAUAUAAUUUAGUUGAAGUCUAGGGAAUGGCCUAAUCUUAUUUUUGUAAUUUUUGAAAAAGUCUUGUUUGUGCUAACUGACUUUAUAAAACAGUACAGACCAUGACAUAAUAUUUCUCAAUAAUUUCACACAAAAUGCACAAAACACACCUGAUAACAGCACCAAGGGUGCAUUCCCAGAGAUUUAGAUUGAUCCAGAAAUUUAGAUUUUGAUCGACCUAACUCCCUGGGCGUCCACG